UUCCUUGCCUUGGCUUGUAAACUCUACACUUCUCUCCACUAGGGGCUGCUUUUAUAUAUGUCUCUUUGUCAGUCUUCUACUCUUUCGGUAAUUUUCUUUAGUGACUCGGAAUUUGAACCAAGUUAAAACUGCUUUGUUUUCAGGCUUUUUAUUUUGUCAUUUGGCAUUGCUGAAAACGGAGUUAUGGGAAGCAAGAUUUGCAUGCUCCUCUAUUCAACAAUGGCGGCCACUCUGUUAACACAUUGCGAUGCAAGAACAUCAAUGGGAAUGAUGAAAGAUCCAAAACAUGGAAAAAGUUCAGUCAUAAAGCACACAAAUAAAUUGCAGCUAAUGAGUAAACUUAUGAGUUUAGUGAUGGAACAACCAACUGAUAAUUCCAAUACUCAACCUUAUGGUGUGAGUUCACCAUUUUCUUUGCCACCUUUUGAUUCUCUCCCUCCUCUAAAUUCUCCUCCAUACUUUCCCCCUCCACCGAGCACAUCCGGGACAAUUCCGAGCCCGCCUCAAUUUUCAUCCACCCCGAACCCACCGGGACUACUUCCAAGCCCACCACAAAUAAUACCGACACCAACGAGCCCAUCGGGGCCCAUUUUGAGCCCACCAUCUCCAAUAGGGUCGAAUCCAAGUCCAACAGUGUUUUUUCCUCCCAUUGUCUACCCUCCACCAACGGUUCCACCACCUCCGAACAUGGCUCCAACCACAGCGUUGUGGUGCGUGGCUAAGCCCUCGGUACCUGACCCAAUCAUUCAAGAAGCUAUGAACUAUGCCUGUGCGGCUGGAGCAGAUUGUGAUUCGAUUCAGCCUAGUGGGUCGUGCUUUCAGCCUGAUAGCUUGUUUGCACAUGCUUCCUAUGCCUUCAAUAGUUAUUGGCAAAAAUCUAAGCUUGAUGGUGGUACAUGUGAAUUUGGAGGCACUGCCAUACUUGUUGCAAUUGAUCCAAGCUAUAAUGGCUGCCAUUUUGAGUAUCAGUAUUGAUUGGUGGAAGAUACAUGCCCUUCUAAUGGCAGCUAAGCUAGAAGAUUGAUUUCUCUUUCCCUCUUCAUUUUUUCUUUGCUUUUCCCUCAAAUAAACAAUGUUUAUUUUCCUUCAUGUUCCCAUCACCCAAACAUAAAUUUUGUAAAGCUUAACUAUAAAAAAGCCCUUCAAAUUAUUCUA